AUGCCUUCGAUGCCCGAACUGGAAAAGCAUCGUCACCACAUCAAGAACAUUUUCCGUUCUCCGGCCGUGCGCCCGUCCUCGCCGAUGGGGCUUGGCAAGCUUUUUCGUAAAGACCACCAUGAACACCAAGAAUCGAAGAAGGGACACGAGCAUGCAGAUAAGAAAAAGAGCCUUAGUAACCCAGGUUCGGAAGGGGACUAUGGUGGACAAAUUCCGCAAAAGGUUGUCCAUCUGAGCUUGGCAGAGAAAAGCCAAGUUUCUCGUGCUGAAGAGAAAGUCGAGACUAGUGCCAAUAAUGACACAAAUACCGAAGAGAUUAAUGCCAAUGGCACUAGCGGGAAACCCGACGAAGUCGACCGAAACGGCCGCGAGUCGAUAUCGUCGGAACUGCGGCCUGUGCUGCGUCAGCUGCUGGUGGUUCUGCUCCACCGCAACGACACCAACUCACACUUGGCACGGCUGAACAUGCGUACUCCACGCAAGCGGGCUGAAACAUACUCGUUUGCGUCGCCGUUGCUGCUCACAGGCAAGGCUGCUGCACAUGCGCCGCCAGAAAAGAUCAAGUACAACCCGUACGGAAUUAACAAGCUGUCGCUGAGCGAGAGCAAACGCAACACUUCGUUCUACUUGAAAGGAGGGUCAGAGGCUGAAAAAGUAGUGGCCAAUCCUGUCGCCAAUCCUAAUGACUAUUUGCCUGAAGACUUACAGCAGGACCACAUCAACCUUUUUGAUGACUUUGAGUUUGAAACAGACGAAAAGAAAGUUGGUGACGGGGGAAGCGGUGAAGUGCGCAUAGUCAGCUGGAACGCCAACAAGAAAAAACUCUAUGCGUUGAAGAAGUUCUCGCUUUUUGCCAAAGAGACAGACGAGGAGUUUUACAAACGCGCAGCUAAAGAGUACAUCAUUAGCCGCAAAGUUGCGGCACUGCGACAUGUGGUGAACACGGUAGCCCUUUUGAGGGUUCAGUCGCACGGCCAGAUGACACGAGGAUGGGGAAUGCUCAUGAACUUGUGCGAAGGUGGCGAUUUGUUUAGUCUGAUUGUGCGGCUGGGUUGGCGGCGCACCCCUUUGAACGAACGUUACUGUGUGUUCAAGCAGAUUGCCUAUGGUUUGCGGUACUUACAUGAGCAUGAUAUUGUCCAUCGCGACUUGAAGCCUGAAAAUGUGCUUUUGGAUAAGCAUGGCGUGGCUAAACUUUGCGACUUUGGUGUUAGCGACUAUGGGCACCAAGAGCCGGGGAAUUUCGACUCGCCUUUGCACCUUUCUCACCUGUACGUUGGAUCGCCUCCAUACUCCCCGCCCGAAGUCAUGCGCUUGAAGGAAAUGCUGCAUUCGGAGACCAAAAAACAUCCGUACAAUUCGUUUAAAAUGGACCACUGGGGUUUGGGUAUGCUUCUUUUCUGUGUCGUGUACGCGGGCGUGCCCUUCCAGCUGUCAAGUUCCAACGACCACAAUUAUCGUGACUACAAGUUUAGUCGUGAGCGGUACAUUCUGCACAACCCAUGCUUCAAGAACAACGACGAUUACUCGAAAGGCCCUGGCUCGGAGUUCAAAUGGGCUGCGCAAUUCCACUCGUCUGGCGCGGCCCGUGUCGCAUGGAAGUUGUGUGAUCCUUCUGUCAAUUCCCGUUAUGACCUUGAUGCUUUAUUCCGCGACCCUUGGUUCGCUGAGUUGGAAAUGUGCCUUUACGAACAUCCGGAUCAGCUCGUAGAUCCGUUUGCGCCUGUUGAAAAAGCACAGCUGGGAUCCUCAUCUUACGUUAGUUCUAGGGCGCCAUCUCGAAAGAAUACUUUCACAGGCAGUAGCGAGAAUGAAACAGGCUUACAUACGCCGAUCCGGAGCAUGCUUGAUAUGGUGGAAGCUCCAUCUGUUGAGGAACACAACGAUAGUGCCGACAAUUCAUCUGUGAAAUCAAGUUCUCUGCUUUCCCAUGUACCGUUGAAAAUUGCUCAUGGAGAACAUCAUGGCAAGUUACCCUCCUGCGACAGCUUUAACAGUUCGGAAUCGGCAACUCAGCUGCCGUCCGGCUCAGUGCACAAAGUGAGGUCAAUGCUUGACUUUUCCUCGGAAAAGCCACUGUUACCUACUGUAAAUGAGGUCAAACGGUGCGAUCCUGUAAUGGAAAUGGCUGACUCAACCACUGACCGCACCAGAACAGGAACGCCUUCUUUACCUGUUGUGGAUGAGGUUGCGUCUCAUGACAAUGAAGAAAUUACAUCGGAGCAUGAAAGGGGCCAUGAGACAGCCACCAUUUCUAAGAAUGGGACUGAAUCUGAAAGUAAGCAUGAGACCGAUAGCGAAAAUAACCAGACAGCGAGAUCAGUACAAACUGCGCAGACUUCUAGUACACUUCAGAAGCCAGAUGAUACAAAACCAAAAACAGAGUCCCUGAAAGUGCCAAACUUUCUCCACGAAGAACCACUACAUGCGUCCGACGAUUUAAAGAUAGACAGUAAUGGCUGUUGCGAAUUGGGCUACAAAUUGCGCAAGCAUCACCAUUUGGAGAUCAGUAACGUACAAAUUGCAGGCUCGAUUUCUAGAAGAUAA